AUGUCUGCCAAUGAUGCGCAGGAGAUUUCCAAUUUGAUGCACGAUUUUGUAUUCAAUGUGGAGACCUACGCCAAGGUCAUCAUCAACGAGCUCAACGUCGACGACAGCAAGAAAACGAUCAAGCCCGUCGAAGUGGGCGGCAUCGCCGGAGGUAAAAAGUAUGUGGUGCAGGGCAUCCUCUUCAAGUUUUGCAAGGACCCCAGGCUGAGCAAGAAGCCGCCGAUCUGGCUCUACGGUGGCGACAAGCCGCGCGACGACUACGCCAUGAAGGCCGCCGGGCUCGAGCUCCAGGGCCUCAGCCUCCUCGCCACCCCGUCGCUCAUGACCACCCUUCGCCAUCCCCUCAUGUCCCUGAUCGACUACAAGGGCUUCCGUAUGGUGGCCAUGUGCCUGCUGCCGCUCGAUGUCACCUCGCUCCGCUACGGCUCCGACGACGGCGGCAAGACGGUGGUGGCCUCAGAUCCGACCCUCAACCGGGCCAUGGAGAAGGUGGGCCGCAUGUUCAACCUCAAGAAGCACACGGUGGGCAAGGAGCGCGUGCCGAUCAUCGGCCCGGGCGACAUCGAGGGCCACCUGGGCACCGACGGCCGCUACUAUCUCCUCGACUUUGCCCGCCUCAUGCCCCCCGAGGCCCCGCCCAGCUCACAAUCAGAUGCCUACGCUGACCGGGCGGUGUUCUACAAGAUGCUGCGGCCCGAGAUCGUGAAGGAGUUCCACGUGCCCCUCUCGUCCGACGCGUUCACCGGGUGGAGCAAGUACGACAACGACAUCGUGGCGAGCGAGCGCGACAUUCGGGAGGCUACCAAGAAGAUGUUCGACGAGGUCAUCCCCACUCUAGCGCGCGACCUCGACGACACCGACAUCUCCGACUUCUUCGAGCGCGUGCUCAAAGAAGAUGCGGCGAACGACGUGGACUACCUGCUGGUCAAGCUCAACAAGCAGACCAACACGGUGUACGAGAUGCACAGGCGGGGCAUCAACAUGCGACACAUCGGCCGGCUGCGCAAGCUGGUCAAGAACAAGUACUGGCGCAUCAUGCUCCUCUCCGAGGCCAUGUCGCGCUGCAUCAAGCACCAGAUCCGCUACAAGAUGAGGAAAGCGGUGAAGAAUUCGAUUGGUGUGUCGUCGGAGUCGUCGUGCAAGGACCUGGUCCUCGAGCACGUCAACAUUUUCUUCGGCUCGAGCCGAGAGAGCGAUCGAUUCUGGAAGAAGAAGAUCAAGCGGGUGAGCGCCAAGAAGUUUCCCGGCCUUCUCACCGCCCUCGAGUGCAAGCCCAGCUACGAUCUCCGCAAGAGUUUGUCGCUGCGGCUUGUGUUCCUGCUGGCCGAGCGCUGGAACAUUCUGCGGCUCACGGACCGGAUCAAGCGCGAGCUGCUCACGAAGAACAUCUUCCAGGUGCGCGUGCUGCCGGGCGACGUGGAGGAGAUCACGGCCUCGGUCAAGCACUUCCCUCUCGUGCACGCCAUCGACGCCAGCCUCUACCUCAUGGAGGCCAUGAACCCCGAGUGCGACGACGACGAGGCCCUCCGCCUGCUCACCAGCGCCAACGAACACUUGACGAGGGCGCUGGACGAGAAGCCGCGCGCUUCGCACAUGCUAGCCGAGUCGAAGCCGAAGCAGCACGGCGCCGGCCUUUCGGAUGCCGAGCAGCUGUUCGAGAAGGCCAUCACGUCGCACCUGCAGGCCCUCGAGAUCGAGCAGGUGCCGGGCACCUACAACUCGCUGGCCACCGCGAUGGAGGCCUACGCCGACAAGCUCGAGGGCCGCGUCCACGAGGAGCAAGAGCGAAAGCGACACGCCGAGGUCGCAUUCGCGUUCGAGGCCCAGGCGGCCGACGGCGCCAACGGCGGCGAGCGGCUGUGGUCGGACGACGAGAUCGCCGAGCGGCAGGCGAAGGUGCGCACUCUCCGACGCCAGGCCGCCGAGUACCGCGACGUGGCGAGCACGCUCGAGGAGGAGCAACCCGACGCCUCGGCCCGCGUCCUCCAGUUCUGCGCCGAACAACUCAGCGGCUGA